AUGUUCAAAAAAGACAUCCAAGAAUUUUAUAUAAAGAACCACAUUGAAAAUAUUUACCUUGUAAAAAGACACCAUGAAGAUGGCAACGUCGAGGAGAAAAAGAGCAGCGUUCUCUACAAGAACAUCGAUGAGUUUGUCCGUGUCCUCAUACAGAUAAGAAAAUACGACAAGGAAUUUAAAAAGAUAUACGUUAAAAAAGAUGGAUCGGAUGUUCCAGCGACGUUACAAGAAUACCUAGACUUUUACGUAGGCCAGUUUGGGCACAAAUUCCAUUCGUUCAUUUUGGAAUAUAAGAACAGUCUGAUCAAGGAUGAUCCGAAAAAUCAUUACAUCGUUAAGAAGCUUACCAAAAAUGACAUUGAAAAAGUGGCCAAAAAUUCAUACGCACGGGUAAUGUUCAUGUAUGACAGUGCAAAAUAUUUACUUUACUACAUAAAAAAGUGUAUUGAAAAAUUUACGGAAAUUAAUGAGAGUUCUGUGAAGCUUCUGAUGAGCUAUUUAAGGGUCUCUGUAAACCCUCUAAAUUUGAUCGCCCAUGUGUACUUAAAUGGGUACAGGUACAGGGGGGUACCCUCCCUCGAUGAGGCGAAUAAAAAGGACAUCCCCAAUGGGGUAAGCCAAAUUGGACCAAACGAACAGUGGAAGAAAAUGUCACCCUUAAAGGGUAACCCCGUGGUAGACUUCCCCCCAAAGGACCACUUCUUCUGCAACGAACUGUGUCAAUUUGUGUGUGCUUACGGGGAGUACAUCAUAAAGCACACCAUAAGUAGCAGCUAUGCAGAACUGCUCAACACGCAUGAAAUUAUCAUGUCAAAAUUGAGCAUAUACGAGUCGGCCAAAAGACAUAUUAGACGUCAUAUAAUGAAGAAAAUAUGCUCCUAUGCCCAUUUUAAGAAAUAUAAUCCAAGUGCCCAAUUUGAUCAGGAUACCAUUUUCAGUGCGUACGAAGAGGACGUAAUUAAGUUCCAAAAAAUAUUUAAAAGAUUCACGCAAGUUGGUAGUGGCUAUAAAAAUGUCAGCAUGUCUAACAGAGACUGUUCUUACAUUUAUGAACUUGUGCUGGCAGUAUACUUAGUGAAAAAAUGUCUCCUCCAUUUGAACGAAAAUAUCGACGCAGUUCUUCAGGUGGCCCUUUACACUUUGUACAGCUCCUCAAAAGUGAUCAUCAUUUAUUUGUACUUCAACCUUCCCAGGAAUAUGGCUCAUUACUUCCUAAACGUGUAUCUUCUCUUUUUUAAAAAUAAGAAAAAAAACAGUGAAGGUCAAAGUCAGGCAAAUAAGACCGCACACAUUAUGAACAGAAUGAGGUGGACCUACAGAAACGUCCUGCAGUAUGUUGUCAAGCGGGAGAAGGGAUGUAGGGAAGGUGAGGAACCAACCCAAGAAGGGAUUCCACCAGAAGAAGCCCCUUACGAAGUUACUCCUCUUGGAGGCCAAAUCAAAAUGUCGGAAAAAAAACGGUACAGGAAGAUCCUCAACCUACUGUACUUCCAAAUGGACAGUUACGACAAAAAAUGGGCCAACCAAGAAAACAAGAAAGAAGUGAAAAAAUUUGUCAGACUUCACAAGAAUGGGUCUGUCAUACAGCUCAAAUAUAACUAUGAGGUCCAUCUAAGAAAAAAGAAAAAAUUCAAGAAGAAGACGCUUGCAGAAGAGGACCCCACAAAAACUGUUAAUGGUAACCAACCCGUUACACAUCAAAACGGUACAGUAUCGUACCCGAAAAAACGAGCGAACUUUAUACACCCUGACAAAAUCGAAUACAUGAAGAGGUAUGCCCCGCUAUACAGAACCAAAUGCAGAGGAAAGAACGCUCAUCGAAAUAGAGCUAUACAUGUGCAGACAAACACAGUGAAUUAUUCCAUUCACAACCGAGUCAUAUACAACUACCGUGAUGGGGAUACCUACGAUGGGAAAGAAAAAAAAAAUCAUAAGGAAGGAGAAGUGCCCUUCUACAGAAGCAGUAACAGUUCCGAGAAAAGCGUCAUAGGGAAAUUAUUCAACUGUGUGUUAGGAAAUCUACGAAAGGCGAAACAAUUAUGCCCAAGAAUCACUCAUAAAAUUGAUGCCAUCGAAUCAUUUGACGAUUAUGAAGAUAGCCAUUGCAGCGGUCCCAGUGAAGAGGUUUCCAAGGUAGAUGAAUCUAUCACCUGUCCUGUUAGGACCAUUUUGAAUGAACACGAAAAGGGUGGAGAAACUCCGGAUUCGUGUUACCUGUCGAGGAAUGGCUCUAUAGAAAGUGAUGCCAAAAUGAAGUGUGAAGUUUUGUCCGAAAGGACACUUGAUAAAAAUAAAUCCGACGUAAAUUCCGUCGAAACGGUCAACAGCAAGGAAAUGAAUUUGGAGGGUGAACAAGUAUCGGAGGGAGUAGGUAGCGAAGAUGGAGGGACACCCCAUAAGGAAGUAGACCACACGGUUAAGGGGCACGAGAAUGAUAUUGCAUACGCCCAGUUGGAUGCAUCCGUGGGGGAUACGCAUAGCAGUGUAGAAAAAUCAUCUGAAGAAAGCUCCGACGAACGUAGCCAGAAGCAGAAACCGAAUGAAGAGGAUCAAAGCGGAGAAAUCCCUCCUCCCGAGGAAAUCCAAAAGGAAGUUGAAAAAGUCGAAUUUGGCGAAAAGGUUGAUGAAUCCCCCAGAGACGCGUUCAAAACGGAGGGACACACUGAAAAGGACACAUUCGAUAAGGAGUCUCCCGAAGGGGAAGAACAGAAUGAUAACUCCCGAGGAAUAUGCUCACCAAAGAAUAUAACCCAUGUCAUUAUGCAGCUAAGAGAAAGAAAGAAACGAAUAACCGAGGGGAAAUAUAAGAAGUUCUUUUCGGACGAUUCCGGCACGACGGAUGUAUCGUCGGAUGAUUAUAAGCCUUACAUGACAAGGAAGGGAAAGCAACAAAGGAAACGGAGGAAGGCCGUGGCGAAGGGUAAGAAGAAGACCAACGGAAAGACGAGUAAAAAGACAAAAGGUAAAGAAAAAUCAAACAAACGGACGAAGGAGAAGAAAAAGGAGGGGCGAUUUAGGAAGAGAGAAACGGAACAGGCACCCAAAACACGGAGUAGUAAAACGAAGAAAAGGAAAAGGUCUCAACUCACUGACGAGGAAACCGUUAAAAGGAAAAAAGGCAAGUCCAACCAUUCAUCCAGUUACCAUUCGAAGCGAAAAAAACGGUUAAAAGGGAAGGAAAAAAGCUGCACUGCAGAGAGCGUCACGCGUAAUCACUCCAGGGGAAGAAAAACUGCGAUUGCCACUAAUGGUGAGCAGUUGCCAGGUGAGCAUAAACACGGGUCAGAGAAAGAGUCACAUAUGAAUAAAUCUAAACCACCAACAGCUGACGAUACGGCAAUUCCCGGAAGUGCGAGGAAACUAAUCUUUAACGUGUCCCUGGAUGGCAGCGAAGGGGGAGAUGAAUGCACACCGUGUAAAUAUGAAUUUGGACGGAUAACGAACUGGGGUUCGAAUAUCACCAAAGGGAAGACACCCAUUUGUGGUGACGAUGAGGGCGGCUUCCUCUUAAGUGAGGAUAACCCCCAAUGGAAGGAAGUGGACGAAUCGCUCAGCGUGGCAGGCACACACGGGAAGAAGCACAAAACGGAUGAACCAGCGGAUAAACGGUUGGAUGAACUACUUAAGGUACACACAGAUAUGCCCCAAUUUGACCUUCCUUUCAUGUGCACACGCGAAGUAUACAUAAACGAAAGAGUAUGCGACGUUGGGAAAUACACAGAAGAGAGACUAAAGUUAAUUGUAAUACACCUGUUCAAUUAUUAUAUAAUCGGAGGCGUAUUUCUUAUCGACCCGUAUAAUAGUGCACAAAAGGAAAGGUACAAAAACUUCACUAACAUACAAGAAAAUAUCAACGACAUAGAACAUACGAAGAUAUUUAAGUAUAGUAGUCACGAACUUCCUGUUGGAAAUAUUAGGAGGAAUGUAAAGGUAUCCUUACUAGGUGGGAGGACUUCCAAAAGGGUAAUGAUAUUUUUAAACAGACAGGGAAAAGGAUUAAAUGGUGCCACCUACAAAUGUACAAUUAAUGGCGCAUUGUAUGCAUGCAAAAUUCAACAAAGGCUAUACUUGGCGAAGAAGGAAAUAUUUUUCUCCUACAUUUUGAAGACGAGAAAAAUGUUGAAGCAGAGGAAGUAUUCCGGGCAGCACAAGAGAAGUGUCACCAUGGGGGGAAAUGCAACUGAGGUCAGAAGUGAAUGUAGCCGCCAAGAAAGCGCCAUAAGCAGCAACGGGGAGGUCUUCUUCGAAGUUUACGCCAAGGGAAAUUUGUACAUGUUCCCCGACGAGCUGCACUACAAGGUGCAUAAGGGGGAAGGCAACUCGGACAAAGGUACGCGCAAAAGGGAAAGGCUACGAUGGGGGGUCAGAAGAAGAGGCAAUAGAGGAGAAAAAAGAGGAGACAAGCAUAACACGGAGGGAAGGAGCGACGAACAAAGUGGGGAACAAAGCGAGGAAAAAGGUGAACACAAAGACGAACACAAAGACGAACACAAAGGCGAACACAAUAGUGAGCACAAAAGUGAAGGGCAAAGCGAAAAGCACAGCUCGGAAAGGGGCACAUCCCUUCUCAUCAUGGGGACGCAAAAACACGUGACCUCGCUCAAUGAACUGAUUAAUACGUUCAUAAAAAAGGGCCACCAAGCCAUAAACGAAGAGCUGGUACUGUUCAUCGUUUACCACUUGAUCGUGGCCCUGUUGCAGUUGCACGUGUUGGAUGUGCUCCACGGAGACGUCAAAAUAGACAAUAUUUUAGUUUCCAAGGAUGAGGAUCUUCUCCAACGGAUGGAGAGAAAUGGGGAAAACAACCCAGGGGAGAUGAAGGGGGAACAGAUAAGGAAGAGCAGGCCUAACAGAAGAAAAGGCAAUAGCGAUAGCAGCGUUCAUGGCGGUAGCAGCCGCAGCAGUAGUGGCAGUCGCACCGUUCGCGGUGGUAGCAGUGGUGGCAAUCCUAGCAAUCCUAACCAUCGUAGCAGUAGUGGCGUUCGCAGAACCUAUAACAGUAGUAACCCCUACCUGUCCGAAAACAUGCUGAACGCGAAGUUAGCCAGCAACCCAAACAGCUUUUUGAGAAACAAGUUCCCACUGAACGUAUUCCUAAUCGAUAUAGGCAGAGGAAUUGACGUAAAAAAUUUUAGAAACUACCUCUUCUAUGGAGAAAAAAACUGCGACUGCUAUAAUUUCCUGUCUGAUGCUAUUUUUACCUACCACAUAGAUUUUAUAGGCAUCGCGCAAGUGGCUAGCUGCUUAUUAUUCUACAAGCACUUUGGGAGCAUAAAAUAUAAAUACGAUGAGAGCAUAAUGGACCAAAACUACACCACCAUAAAUAAACUGAAUUUGACCUACAUGACGCACAACAAUAACUUUACCAAGAAUAGCAACACCGCAGUUAGGAGGAGGAAGAUGGACAACCCUCCAAAGGGUAAGAGUAAAAGUAGGUGCAAGGAGAUCGAAAAUUUUAUAAAGGUGAAGGAGCGGGCGUAUACGGAGGAUGAGGAGAAGCAGAUGAUCGGGUGUACAGACGAAAGUGCCUGCCAAGAGGGAGAAAAACCUGCCGGGAAAACUUCUCACCUUGCAAGGAAUGAUCCGCUCCCCGUGGAACCCCUCCAGCGAAGUCUUAACUGUGAAGGAAGCAAACAACCCGCCAACAGGAGCACCCUGCAAGAGAGCAACCACUUUAUAGAUUACUCAAAUAAUAUCCCCAUGGAUGAGCGUUAUAGAAAAAAGGUCGACGGGUACAUAGACCAAAUGAGGAAGAAUAACGAAAAUUACUACAUCGAACGGGAAGAAGAAAUCAAAAUAAAAAACUUUUCCGUGAGGUUGCUAUCCAAGAGGAAGAAGUAUAUCGACUUUUGGGAAGUUUUUUUUCACCUUCUGUUAAACUUUUGCAAUGUGUACGAAUUGAGUUCCAUCAAUUACAACAGUAGGGAAGUCGGCACGAAUUUUGAGAAGGCCAAUUUGUUCCACCACAAGGUGAUGAAUAAAACGGAAAAUUACUACUUUGACUUUUGCAAAAAUAACUGGGAAGAAGUUCCACAAGGGGGUCAACCGAACAAGGGUACUCACAUGAAGCAGAAGCUCAAUGGUAAUUCGUAUACAAAUAGAGGGGGAGCUGUCUGCUUUAAUGGGGACAGUCACAAUAGCAGUGCAGUUAUGGACGUCCACCAUACGGAUGAAGCUAAACAGGAGAUAGUUAAUCUAUGCCACCACAACAGCAGCACCGAUGAUGAGAGCAACGCGCGUUCGAUGCAGAACGGACGUUGUGAUGAUGAGAAGAAGACCCAUGAGGAAACACACAAAGAUAAUAACCACCAAAAACGAAAUUUUAACGCAGAAAGGGAAAUCACAAAAGGGGUCGUUUUAGACAAAAAAAAUGAAGAAAUGAAUGGCGACCAACCGAAGAGUAAUAGUAAAUAUUUUUUUAUAAAAAACUCCAUUUCUAAUUUAAAAAAUAUAAAAAGAAAAAUGCAUGAAGUGAAGCAAAAAAUAGAAAGGGACAAAUGUGAGGUCAGUAAUAAGGAAAAAAACGACUCCUACAACUUCUCUGGCAAAGUAGAAAAUAUUAGCCUGAAAAGAAAAAUGAUAUUCUUUGAAAAUGAGCAGAAUAGACAAAAGUGCAGGAAACUGAAUGACCAGAAGUACUACGCGAAGGAGUGCCGCGCCAACGACACCAAAAGGCUGACCAGGUAUGUCAACAAGCUAAUGAAGAAGAAGGCCAUUUUUAUUCUCCUGUUUUUAAAAAGGGCAAUUGAAAAAAUAUUUGAUGAUGACAGGAGUAGGCAGGAAACUUUGCUCACCGAGCUGAAAAAUGCGGCGGCUUUUUUUUGA